AUGAGCUCCUCCUCGUCCGCGUUGACCGGUCUGCAGCAACUGCUGGCCGACAAGAGCCGCGUCGUCGUGCUGGACGGCGGGUUCGCCACCGAGCUGGAGAAGGACCCGCGCGUGGACCUGAGCGCCAGCAGCCUCUGGUCGGCCUCGCUGCUGCUGGAGAAGAACGCGCACCUGCAGUCCGUGGUCGUGGACGCGCACAAGACGUACUUCCUGGCGGGCGCCGACGUGGCCACCACGGCCAGCUACCAGGCCUCGGUCGACGGCUUCAAGCGCGAGGGCGUCACGGCCAUCGAGGACGUCGAGAAGCUCUUCGCCAAGAGCAUCGACCUCGGCGUGCAGGCGCGCGACGCGGCCUGGAGCGAGCUGGACCAGACCAAGCGCAUCAAGCCGCUGGUGGGCGCCAGCAUCGGCUGCUACGGCGCCGCGCUGGCCGACGGAUCGGAGUACCGCGGUGACUACGGAAUGACCAAGGAGGAGCUCGUGGCCUGGCACAAGCACCGCUUCGCCUACUUCACCAACUACGCGCCGGCCGACUUCCUCAUCUGCGAGACGAUCCCGUGCCUCGUGGAGGUGGAGGCCUUUGUGGACCUGCUGAACGAGUUCCCCACAGCUCACGCGAUCGUGGCGGUGGCCUGCCGCAACGGCACGGAGCUCAACAGCGGCGAGCCCAUUGCGCGUAUGACCGAGGUUCUGUCCAAGCUUAAGAACCCGUCGCAGCUGCUGGCCAUCGGCAUUAACUGUACGCCCCCGCAGCACGUUGAGAGUCUGCUGCGCAAGUUGGACGCUGCUGCGUGGCCCAAGGCUGUCUACCCGAACAGCGGCGAAGGAUGGGAUGGCGUGAACAAGAAGUGGCUCCCUGCCGACAGCACGGGCGGCCCCAGCUCGUGGGAGGAGUUCCUGCCCAAGUGGUAUGACGCCGGCGCGCGCAUCUUCGGCGGCUGCUGCAGGACCUCCCCCGACGACAUUCGCGCUAUCCGCGAGUUCUUCGAACGCCGUCAGUAA